AUGGGAAGUGUCGCACCCAUUGUUUGGCAAAAGCUUGAAGAAGAGAAUCGGGAAUUCUUCAGGGCUUAUUAUCUGAGGUUGAAGGUAAAGCAACAAAUAGAGGAAUUCAACAAGCUUCUUGUGCAGCAGGCGCACUUGAUGCGUGAUCUAAAUUCAACUGGAGUUGCUUCAAUGCCUACUUCUAAUGGAUCUCAUAUCCCACCAUUGCACCAGAAUAGAGCAUGCUAUGCUCCAAAUCAUACAGGACCAGCCUUGAAGCCAGAGAGCAUGCAUCAUCCCCUUGGUUCCAGUUUGACCAAUGCAUACACUAAUGGUGGAUCAUCUUUGCACUCAAAUAUGCAUGCUGCUGUUGAAAUAGCUGCUCAUGCUAAUAGAAUCGAUGCACCUCCAAACAUGCUUUCAAUGCAGGGCUCAAACAUGGGUCUACUGCAAGGAAUGAAUGGGGGAAUUAUCAAAUCAGAAGGUGGUUAUUCGGGUACUUCCCCUUACAUGUUUGGUGCUGAUGGCAAUGUCCUAGACACACGCCCAUCAAUCGCGGAUGCAUCUGUUGCAUCUUUCAGUAGCGUAGAGUCCAGUUCGCAAGCCUUGAAUGAGUCUAUUCUGGAUGCAGACACUUCUUCAUUUGGAUUUUUGAGUCAGAUUCCUCGAAGUUUCAGUCUCUCAGAUCUGACAGCUGAUUUUACCCAGAGUUCAGGAGAGCACUCAGAAAUAUUGGAGAACUACCCAAGAUCACCCUUUCUAGCAGCAGACAAUGAUAACUUCCCAGAUUCUAGAGAAAGAGAACAUCCAGGAGACAACAGAAGGCUGGACACUAUAUCAGAAGGCAUGAGUUAUGAGGAUUUUGGAAGUCCAACUGCAUCCCUAGGACAGACUGGUGAGGGGAAUGGAAUACAAGAAAGUGGGGGGAUUAGCAAGUCGAAGUUAAUGAACUGUGAAAAUCUGUUCAAGGGAGAUGAACUUGGGAAAUCAUAG